CCCGUCUCCGCAUGCGCGUCCCAGACCGGGGUGGCGCUGCUCCAUCCGGGUAUUCGGCGGCCUGUGGUGGUUUUGUUUUUCUGGCUGAAACCGGGAGCGCGAGGCGGCCCCGUGUGGCACGACACCGGGCUCCGGACCGACGGCACGGGCGGGGCUGGACUGACCUGAAAAAAUGUCUGGAUUUCUAGAAGGCUUGAGAUGCUCAGAAUGCAUUGAUUGGGGGGAAAAACGCAAUACUAUUGCUUCCAUUGCUGCUGGUGUUCUAUUUUUUACAGGCUGGUGGAUUAUCAUAGAUGCAGCUGUCAUUUACCCCACUAUGGAAGACUUCAACCAUUCAUACCAUGCCUGUGGCGUUAUAGCAACCAUCGCCUUCCUAAUGAUUAAUGCAGUAUCAAAUGGACAAGUCCGAGGAGAUAGUUACAGUGAAGGUUGCCUGGGUCAAACAGGUGCUCGCAUUUGGCUGUUCAUUGGUUUCAUGUUGGCCUUUGGCUCUCUGAUUGCGUCUAUGUGGAUUCUCUUUGGUGGUUAUGUUGCUAAAGAAAAAGCCGUAGUAUACCCUGGAAUUGCUGUAUUUUUCCAAAAUGCCUUCAUCUUUUUUGGAGGACUGGUUUUUAAGUUUGGCCGCACUGAAGACUUAUGGCAGUGAAAACAUCUGACUUAUUGCUCCUGUACAAUAGCCCUGCAUGGGUUUGUUCUGUUGUGUUUGUUUUUAUUUUUAAUACUAACUCCCAAUCUUUUGUAAUGGCAUUUUCUAAACUUAUUUCUGAGUGUAGUCUCAGCUUACAUUUGUGUGAUACUAAAAUCAUGAGAAAUCACUAUUUAAACAAUAACAACAAAAAUCUAUUGUGGUAUGCAUUUGAUUAACAUCAAAUGUUAAGGAAAAGUAUUCCACGUGAGUAAGUUUUGUUAAGUUUUAUCAUGGUAUAAUUGUAAAAAUAAAAAUAAAUCAGAAAAGAAAUUGUGGAUACAUCUUAUCUGUGUAUUUGUCAUAGCCAAGAUCCAAAAUGCAAUUGAAGUGCUCUUAAAAUACGAUGUGUCUAUUUAAAUGUGGGCUCUUAGGUGUCAAAUAUUAGGUGAAAUAUAAACAUUUUCUUGUUUUUAAAAACUA